CCACCUCUUUCUCGCCCGCGCUUUCAAACCAGUCCAGUCCAGUACGUACGGCCGGCCGCCCGCCGGAGGCCGGACGCCACCGACCGAGACCGGGACUUUCCUAGUGCCAGAAGCUUCCUGGAAGAUGCCCUGCCGCCACCACCAUAUAUCCUCUGCUGCAGCAUCUCUCUGUCGCUCCUUCAGAUUCAGCUCCAGGCUCAGUAGCCCCGAAGGAAGAAUCGCGUGUCCAGCCUGCAGUGCCGCACACGUCUAGCUAGCUCGCUCCGGGAGCAGGAUGGGCCGCGGGAGGACGGAGAUCAGGAGGAUCCCCAACGCCGUCAGCCGGCAGGUCACCUUCGGCAAGCGCCGCGCCGGCCUGCUCAAGAAGGCCAACGAGCUCGCCGUGCUCUGCGACGUCGACGUCGGCCUCCUCGUCUUCUCCGACGCCGGACAACCCUUCCACUACUGCAGCCCACACACGAGCUGGAGCGAGCUGAUUCAGCGGUACGAGAGUUUCACCAGCGCCGAGUUCCAGGGGACAGGUGAUGAGGAUGAUGAUCAGCAGAUGCUCACGGAGAUCUCAGAGCUGAGGCGUGAGCGUGACCGUCUGGAGGCCAGCCUGAGGAGGCAGACGGGAGAAGACCUGCCAUCCGGGGCUACCAAGGAGGAGCUUGAUAAUCUGGAUCAGCAGCUCGAGUUGACACUGGGCAGAGUCCGUGAAAUGAAGGAUGAACUACUGAGCCAGCAGCUGGACGAAUCACACCGCAAGGUGCACAUCUUGGAGGACCAAAACAGCUUCCUUCGCCGCCACAUGGUGGCCGAUGACGGGCAGCAGCAGCAUGCCGCCGUGAAGGCCGCGGAUGCAGACACAACGACGCCGCUGUUCGGGGGCUUCUUCCCGGAGGUGGAGGAGCAGUUGUCGACGUCGCUUCAGCUGUGGCCGCAGCAGCAGCUUCCCGACGUACCUGGCUUCGGACUACAGCCCAGCCUACGGCUGUGGUAAUUCAGGUUGAUGAGUAGGUGAUGACAGGCUGACGGAAGGGGGCCUGAAGUUAAUUAGUAAAUAUUAGUAAACUGAAUCUAGUUAAAACCUUGAUCGUUGCAAGGGUAAUCUGCUCUAGCUAAAACUUACUAGGAGCUCAGUAGUUACGGGAUUGCAGCCAAGCAAGGGAUUGACAAGGAGUAGACGGCAGUAUUCAGUCAGAUCUAUGUCCCAUUUUGUUAGUACUACAUGAUUUCCCGUAUGGUUUUCAUGAGGACUCCACAUAUGUCACAUACUCACAUUGGUUAAUAUGAAUCUACGGCAGUAUUUCCAUUUUACGUCA